CAGCACUGUACAGGUACAUGCGGUACAGUACAUUGCAAUUACUCUGGUCCCGGGACGCGUUACCCACAUUUUCCGGUGCUGCCGGUGCUGCUCGUCCGUGGGUGGACUUCACUGAUCGCAGGAGGAAAGUCACGUCAUGUUAGUCAUGCAAGUGUGUGUGCUCGCACAGUACCGGUAGUAGUGAAGCGGGGGGGAAGAAGCAUCCCGAGGAUUCCGGUGCAAGUGCUCAAGGACGGUAAGGGAGUGGGCAUCAUUGGACUUCUCGGUGGGAUAAGUUGCGUGGUGGCGCACGAAAACGGAUAAAGAUUCCCCCGCAUUGGAUGAUAUAAGCAACCCUGCCGGCUGUGGAUGGGUGGAGCAAUCGAUCGGUGUGCGAUAAGACGAGACGAGCCGAGAAGGGAGGAAGGAACACAAAGGAAAGAGGGAAGAGAAUAAUAAUAGGAAAUGUCGGAAGCAAUUACUACUGAAAUCAAAGAGGUCGCCUUUUUUGGCCCAACAGGCGGAUGCGCGCUUGCAGCGCUGAAGCUAGCGCUUGAGAGCGGGUGUCGGUGUUCUGCUUUAACCCGCCGCCCCUCCCAUCUCCUCACCCAACUCUCAAGCCUACCGCAGGGGACCCUACAAAACCUAACUAUAACAGAGGGCACCGUCCAAACACCCACCGCCGUUCUCGAAACCCUCCGCUCACAAACGAACUCUUCCCUUCCCCGGAAAUACAUAAUCUCAGGAAUCGGCGGGGCGCCAAAGUUCGGCUUGAACCCGUUCCGCCCGACACUGGAUAAUCCGCACAUAUGCCAGGAAGCUGCCGAGGCCAUAUUAUCCGGGCUUCGGGAACUCAAGGGUGGAGCAGCGGAAGGGGAAUGGCAGCAGCCCUUACUGGCGGUGAUCAGUACUACAGGAUUGGUUCCCGGGGAAUUGCCAUUCGUGAUGAAGCCUUUGUACGGGAUGCUCAAGAUCCCGCAUGAGGACAAGGUCAAGAUGGAGGGUGUUGUGACUGGUGCGGAGGAAGGUUUGCUAAAGUGGGUUGUUGGCAGGGCUGGGCUGUUGACUGAUGGACCGGCUGGGGGUGCGGUGCGCGCGGGGUACGCGGGGAGGGUUAGAAAUGGGAGUGGGAAGUGGGGGGAUGUGGAGGGUGUUGCGGUCGGGUAUAGGAUUUCUAGGGGAGAUGUGGGAAGAUGGCUAUUCGAAGAGGUUAUCGGGCAAGAUGGCGGGGAGUGGGUUGGGAAGAGGGUUUGCCUUGUUUACUGAGAGAGGAAUUGGGGGGUUUUUGUGUCUUUUAUUUCUUUGCGCUGGGUGAUGAUGGGUGGAUGGAUGCUGGCCCAGCGGGGGGAGAGGGGGAGAAAGGGAGAGACCCGGGAAACGGGGUUAGGUCUAGUUUACGCCCAUGAAAUCGUUAAUCUACCUUCACCGACCGAAAAAAAAUACUUACAGUAAAUCCACUCACUCAUAGCAGUGUUCCGUAGAAGAAUAUCUUGUUCAGCGCAGUGGGUGACAUUCUUCAUCGCAGAGUAAUAUCGUAAUUCCGCCUGCGUUAUUACCUGUACUGUACAUCUACAAUCAAUCAAUUUCAAUCAAA